AUGGAGAAGAAGUUAAGGGUAAAGAAGAAAGCAUGGAUGGGGAAGAAGUUUGGGAUGGAGAAGAAGUUUGGGAUGGAGGAGAAGUUUGGAAUUGAUGAGAAGAAUCGAAGUAUGGAGAAGAAGUUAAGGAAGAAGAAGUUUAGGAAGAAGACGAAGUCAAGGAAGAAGAAGUUUUGGAUGGAGAAGAAGUUAAGGAUAAAGAAGAAAGUAUGGAUGGGGAAGAAGUUUGGGAUGGAGAAGAAGUUUGGAAUAGAGAAGAAUCUACUAAGUAUGGAGAAGAAAUUAAGGAAGAAGAAGAAGUUAAGGAAGGAGAAGAACUUUCGGAUGGGAUGGGAUAGGAUAGGAGAUUAUAUAGUUAAGGAUGGAGAAGAAACUUGGGACAUAGAAUGA